CAUUUUCAAGUAGAAUAUAAACUUUGAAUAUAUUAAAUGUGCGAAAAAUGAGAUUUUAAUUCAGUACUUUUCUUGAAAUUUUAACUUUAAAACGAGUUUUAAGUGCACCAAGCAAUUUUGAGUUUCAAGUGGCCGCUCAAACUGCAUAAAUUCUCAGUAGUUGCCUGACGUUCCGGUACGUUUAACGUAGUACGGUACCGUACUUGCGCAUCCCGAAAGUUUUUCACUCAAUUCCCUCCGGUUAAUAAUAUUCAAAACAAACUAUUGUGUCGACGGUACUCUGGAGCAAAUUAGGUAGGCCGUGAAAGACGAACAAAAACAAAAAAACCAAAGUGGUUCUUCGUUGAGUUUUGUGUAUCGAGAAAGUGACCGUGACUCUUUUCGGCGAAGUGAAAGUUUUUCGGUGGUAUUCUCAUAGAACUUUGUUGCAAAUAAACGUAGGUUUGGUCUUGGGAUAUACCAUAUACCAACAAUAUCCCACCCUUCCAGUCAGCUCUAAUUAACAUAUUAAGUAAGCCGGACAGGUUAAGGAACUCAUCAACAGAUGUAGAAACAAACACCUCAACGUCUAUUCUUCAUUAGCUACAAUUCCAAACCUCAUGUGAAUCUUAUCCCGAAAAAAUCAUCAUUAUCCAUCAUGCCGCAUGUAACAGAAGACCCUCCAGAAUCUCUAGGCUCCACAAAUGGCACUCUAGACCUCAAAGCAACUAAGAAAACCGAUCACGAAUCGUCAGAACGGGACCCGUGUCUGGAUCUGAAGCAUCCAGACCAGAAAGAUGCGAAAUUUUACGAGAAAUACGUGCAGAUGGCUCAGGACAAAACAGGAUUGGAUCGCAAAUGGGUCUGGAUCGUGUUCGGACUGGCGUUUUCGGUGGUUUUGUUGGUGCUAAUCGUUCUUGGACUGAUCUGUGCCUGGCCUUAUGUGCCGCAUAUGUACGAUUAUCCGAUUUGUCGGGAUCCUGAAUGUUUAAGAGCUGCAGCACAGAUUCAAGAAGAUCUCAACAGUUCCGUAUCACCAUGCACCAAUCUUUGGGGCGCUUUUUGUUCUACGUGGUCUAAAAACAGUACUAGACCUUUGGAUAGAGCCAUAUGGAGUCAAAAAGAGCGGCUGGUAGUGAAAGAAUCUGAACGAAUUAGAGAUCUCAUUGCUACUCUAAAGUUGCCCGUAUCAACUGGAAGUAUCGAGUGGAAAAUGAAGUUCUUUUACGAAUCCUGCUUGGACGUUGGUACCUUCUACAGUAACGAGGCUCCUCUUGUUAGUAUGAUUACUGAGUUGGGUGGAUGGUAUGUCACAGGUAACUGGAACAUAGAGGAAUUUAACGGGGUUGAAGUGAUCACAAAACUGCAAGUUCAUUAUGGAGUAUCGCCUUUCUUCAAGGUCCACGUGGAACCUGAUCCACAUUCGCCGGAUUCCUACUCCAUCAGGUUAUCUCCAUCGGGAUUAGGUCUGCCCGAUAAGGAGUACUACUAUAGAGAUCGCGAUGAUCCAAUUCGUGUGGCCUAUAUAAAAUAUAUCAGAGAUGUAGUGAUACAUUUAAGUACCACUAAGACAGAGGCUUCCAAAUUUGCCGAGGAUAUGUUCAGUUAUGAAAAAAGAUUGGCAGAAAUUACUCCAGAUAGAGCUUCACUGCGUCACCCCAUAACUACUUAUAAUGCCUUCACUCUGUCAGAACUAAAAGACAACAUGGUUCCUUUUUAUGAUAUUCUGCAAAACAUGUAUCUCAAAGCCAACAUUACAGAAAAUACAGAAGUUAUAGUUACUUCCUUGGAUUAUCUGGCAGCCAUGUCCCAAAUAAUUUCGACCACAGAUCAAAGAACAAUGAACGGCUACUUAAUUUGGACCUUAGUAAGAAAUUAUUUCCCGUAUUUGGCCAAUCGCUAUACGUCUACGUUGGAUUCUUUUCAUUCAGAACUUUUCGGGAUAUCGGCACCAUUAAAACGUUGGGAAUUUUGUGCCGGUUUAAUAAAAACCCACAUGGGUUUGGCUACAGAAUAUCUACUUGAAAAUUCUUCUCCAAUUAAAAAUAUUACUAAAGAAAAUGUCAACACGAUAUUCAGUGAUAUUUCGAAAGUCUUAAAACAAAAACUGAAAAAAUUUCAAAAUUCACCCUUGUUACAUCAACAUUUGGAAAAUAAACUCAAGACUGUUUCAAUCCAAGUAGGCCUUCCAGAUGACGUGAAAUCACUAAAAUUCGUCAAGAAUUACUACACUCCCUUGACCAUUAUCAAGUUGAAUUUUUUCGAAAGUGUCAAGAACGCCAUGCUAUUUAAAAAGGCAAUAGAAGAAAGGAUGCUUGUUAAAUCUCUUGUCAUGGGAGGAUUUUUGAAGGAAUAUCUAAAAGAAACACCGCAAGUCCAGUAUUUAGCUUCAAAAAAUCAAGUUAUAGUUCCAAGAAGUUUGCUGACCGAACCAUAUUAUGAAGAUGGAUUUCCUAUAGCAAUAGUGUAUGGGCGAUUAGGGUUGGAGAUAGCGCAAGCAAUGACAUCUGCCAUUUUGCCUUAUGACAGUCUUUGGACGGCGGACAGGAAGAUACUGUCUCCAUUUCAUAUGACAGUGAAUGAAUCCUUUAAAUCUGUGGAAAAAGCAGCUACAUGUUUAUCAAGGUAUAUCUUGGAUAUAAACUUGGAUAUUCCCGUCAUAAUCGCCAACGAAACUGCCCUCAGUAUCGUGACUGAACUAACUGCCGUUACCGUAGCCAAAGAAGCUCUUGCCAAACGCUUAACGCGUAUCCUACAUAGCCAUCAAGGAGGCUUGGAAAUCUUCGAAGAUGAAGCUUUGUUUUUCGUUAGCUACACGCAAACACGGUGUUCAGAGUCGACCAGCCAGUACCAGUAUUAUGAAAAUGUGAUUGAUUUUAGAUUAUCGUUCAAGGCUUUGUUGCACGUGGUUUGGUCUCAACUGAGCGACUUCCAGGAAACUUUCGAGUGCAGACCAAAUAGGAAACUAGAAUGCAACCGCGUCCUUUAAUAAAAAACUACUUAAAACUUCUUGUUCUCCGUUUUUUUUCAGAGGAUGAUCGAUCGACUUAGUGCCACGACAUACUCGAUUUUCGAUUAAGUUUAAAAUUUGACAUAAAAACCCUUUUUAUUUUAGUUGUAAGUAAUUUAUUUCUGUUUUCCGUAUUUUCGUUUAUUUUAAGAUUUUGGACAGCGGCAGUGAUUGAGAAUUUAUAGUUUGUUUAAAAU